AUCGAGAAAAGAAAACGGCAUAGACAAUCUCGCCUAAAUCCAAAUGACUUGGAAAUGUUGAUGAAUGAAAAGUUUCACGUUUGGUUUCAAAGCAAGGUUAUAGGUCUGGAACGUGACUCGACUAUCUCUGCUGACAUUGUGGCCCUAGGUAGGGGUCCUAACAAGGUAGCAAGAAGAUUUUCUGGUUUCAUUAUCAAUGGAAUUAGAUUUCAUACCAAGACCCGUGAAGAGCAAAGAUUGACCCAAAAUAGCGGUGUAGUUAACAAAUCUGAAGGAGGGGGUGUGGAAUACUUUGGAAAACUAAGAGAUAUUGUUGAACUAAAUUACUAUGGGAGUUUCAAGGUUGUAUUAUUUAAAUGUGAUUGGAUUGAUGUGCACCAUAGUGCUGGAAUGAAAAAAGAUGAAUUUGGGUAUACAUUAGUUAACUUCUCUCGGUUAAUUCAUACGGGUGACAAUGUAGCUGAUGAUCCAUAUAUUUUCUCCUCUCAAGCUGAUCAAAUGUUCUAUGUGGAAGAUCCAAGUGAUCAAAAUUGGCAUGUGGCUAUUAAAAUUAAACCUAGAGAUGCAUUUGAUAUGGGUCACACGGAAGGAGAUGAUGAUUCUUUUACUUCCAUUAGUAGGCAGAUACUAUGUGAACAAAUGCAACCUGCUUGGGCUAGGGUUAAUGUAAACAAUGACGAUGCUUAGCAUUUUCUAUGCUUUUAUAUUUUUAUAGCUACCAUUCUGUUUUUAUGAGGUUAAUUUGAAAAUGGAUGUCUGUUACUGAAAGCAUUUUCUAUGCUUUCAUAUUUUUAUAGCUACUGCUGCUCUAUUUUUAUGAGGUUAUUUUCAUGAGUUGUAAUCUGUUUUUAUGAGGUUAUUUUCAUGAGUUGUAAUCUGUUUUUAUGAGGUUAUUUUCAUGAGUUGUAAUCUGUUUUUUGCACAUCGCAACAGGGUUACAAAUGGCGUCAAAGUCUCGUAGCUUGCAUAACUUAAGGAUUGUAACAGAUAGUUCAUAUUCUGAAGCCUCGAUUCAACAAGUGAAUAAUCAAAAUGGAAGCAAUGCAUCUUCGCAAUCACAACCAGUUGAACCAGAGAGUUGUCAACCUAUUGUUGAUACUUGCACAGAAAUGAUAGAGAAUGAUGGAAGGAGAUUUAAAAAGAGAGGGAGAACAACAAUGUCUUCAGUAUGGAAUAUGGAAAAGGAUGAAAAGAUAUAUGUAGAAGUAGAUGAAUUUGGAGUUCCAUGUUCGAGAGAAGGUGCAACACUUGGAUCCUUCUUAGGGACUAUUGCAGUGAAUGGGAAAUACGCACCAUUAGAUAUGCCUAGAUGGGAUAGCAAAGAUUACAAAUCAUUUCGUGACGAUAUUUUAACUUUGGUGCAGGAGAAAUUUUUGAUUCCUCCCGAGACAAAAAGAUGGGUUCUUGAAUCAGUGGGUAAAAAAUGGAGGGAUUACAAAUCUGACCUAAAAUUGCAACAUUUCAGUCGCAAUAAACCUAAAGAUCAAGUCCUAACGAAUGUUCCGAAAGGAGUUGAAGCAGCUCAAUGGCGUAUUUUGGUGAAUGGAUGGUACACUGAACAAAGUCAGAAAGUAAGCCAAAUAAAUACUGCCAAUGCCAACAAGAAGAAAAACAAACAAACUACUGGAAGGAAAAGUUAUGCGAGGCUGAGGAAAGAAAUGGAAAUACAAAAUGGAAAGGUUCCUGAUCGACUUACAUUUUACGAAAAGACUCAUAAGAAGAAGGACGGCACAUAUGUUGAUGAUAAUAGUAAAGAGCUAAUGGAUAAAGCUAAGCAGCUGCAGGCAGAACGCAGUGAAGGUUCUAGUACGAAUUUAGCUAAAGUGAAUGAAGAGAUCUUUCAAGAGCUAAUGGGUCCAGAGCAUAAUGGGAGAGUACGUGGUUUGGGUUCUGGAGUCACUCCUACAAGGUAUUUUGGAUCGACUAGGUAUGAUAUUGGAGGAAGAUGCCAUAACACUACAAAUGUAUGUCAGUCAGAAGAGGUUAAAGAUCUUAAGGAACAACUACAUAGUAUGUCUAAAACCGUGGAUGCUUUAAAAGCGUUUAUCAACAAGCAAUUUCCAAGACAAUGGACAUCUACAGGAGUUGAUAAUCAUCAGGAUGGUCAUUCUUCAAGUUAAUCAGUUUGGAAUUCAACUCAGUUUAGCAACAUUCAGCAGGCACACCAUUGUUUGCAGUGCGAUUAUCUAGGACAAUUUUUGUUGAUUAUUUUAAUACUUUGUUAUUAGUUGUGUUAUUCAGAUAUUGAUUAUAAACACUUUUAUUAGAAUCAAUUUUGGGUCUAAAUAGAAAUAUUUGCAAAUGGUUAUGAUCAGUAAAGAAAUUGUUUUGCUA